ACCGAUCACAAAACCAAUCGCGGAGAUUCAAUCACGUACGUAUACACACGGCCACACGGGCACGUAGCUAGCUAGCAGUCGUAGCGUGACGAUGAGGGUUCUCUCUGUUGCGGUCGCUCUGGUCGUGGUGGUGGCCGCGGCCUGCCUCGCCGCGCCGCGGGGCGCGGACGGCGCGGGCGAGUGCGGUGCGACGCCGCCGGACACGGUGGCGCUGAGGCUGGCGCCGUGCGCGUCGGCGGCGGAGGACCCCGGCUCCGCGCCGUCCGGCUCCUGCUGCAGCGCGGUGCACGCCAUCGGGAAGCAGAGCCCCAGGUGCCUCUGCGCCGUCAUGCUGUCCAACACCGCCAGGAGCGCCGGGAUCAAGGCCGAGGUCGCCAUCACCAUCCCCAAACGCUGCAACCUCGCCGACCGCCCCGUUGGCUACAAGUGCGGAGAUUACACUCUGCCAUGAGCGGCGGUGAGGUCUCCAGGCCGGAUUUGCUGCAUGGCAUGCCCGAGUAUCACCGAAGCGCGAGCUCUUGUGUCGAGCGAGUCCGUGUCUGUCAGUCAGUCUCUAUGUGUUGCCCAUAAUAAACAAAGACAUGCGAGUACCAGACAUGUGCAACUCUAGUAGCAUGGUGCGUGUAUCACUAGGUACGCGUACUCGUAUAGUUGUGUUCAGUUCAGGGUCUAUAGAGAUGUAGCCCUGCAUUGUCGAAAUAAAUACUGUGUCCACUCGUUCGUGAAAUGAAAAAAAAGGCUUGAUGCUCGACUAA